AAUGAUGCUAUGAAUGAAUAACUAAUAUUACUUGAUAUUACCUCGUUCGUAACGGAAUUUUUUAAAUCAUAAAUUCGUAUUAUGCAUCUAAUUAUAUUACUAAUUGGCUUAGUGCUGCGACAUUGGAAGUUAUAAUUGUGUAAUGUAGACAAGAUUGUGUUCACAUUGUGUAUUUAUCAAUUGUCAUUUUCUUAAUUUAGGAUGGUACCAAGAAGUAUUUCAGUACAGUGGAUUACCGCGGUAUCGUUGUUUUUCAUAAUUUUGUAUUUGAAAGUGAAAAUCAAUUAUUUAGAAGAAAGUACUAGGACGUUACAGAAUGCUCUAGUCCAGGUCCAAAAGCAAAACAAUGGUGCCCGGGAAAUACAUAAGGAGCAUGAGUCACAGCCUGACUUUGAGGAUGUUGUAGUGAUAUAUAACAGAGUGCCAAAGACUGGUUCCACUAGUUUUGUUGGCAUAGUUUAUGAUCUAUGCAAGCAAAACAAGUACCAUUCCCUACACAUCAAUGUCACUAAUAACAUGCAUACUCUCACGCUCCUAAAUCAGGUAAAAUUUGUGAAUAACAUUACUAGAUGGGAUGCUAUGAAGCCAGCUUUUUAUCAUGGGCACAUAGCAUUUUUGAAUUUUGCAAAAUUUGGGGUCCAACGAGCUCCACUUUAUAUAAAUCUAUUGAGAAAACCUUUAGAUAGAUUUGUAUCCUAUUAUUAUUUUCUGAGAUAUGGAGAUAACUUUCGACCACAUCUGAUUAGGAAAAAGCAUGGAGACACAAAGACAUUUGAUGAAUGUGUCGAACUUGGACAACCUGACUGCGAUCCAAACAAUAUGUGGCUUCAAGUACCUUUCCUAUGUGGACAUGAGCCUGGUUGUUGGGAAGUUGGAAGUCAAUGGGCCCUGGCAGAAGCCAAAAGAAAUUUAGAGCAACACUAUCUUCUCGUUGGAGUUACUGAGGAAUUGUCAGACUUUGUUCAAAUUCUGCAGGCUAUUUUACCACGAUUUUUCAAGGGAGCUUACCACCACUUUACAGAUAACAGCAAGUCUCAUUUGAGACAAACCACUCAAAAAGUUGAUCCACUCCCUGAAACUGUGGAAAAAAUUAAAAAGUCUCAGGUCUGGCAAAUGGAAAUGGAAUUGUACGUGUAUGCUUUGAAUCAUUUUCACGCUGUGAAAAAACGGAUAGUAAGUGCGACACCUCAAGAAGCUAAUCAGCACUUCAUGUACGAAAAAAUUCGACCGAAAUGAAUUCCGGUCGAUCAUAUACGCAAUUAUUACUGUACUACUGCUUUUCACAAUGGAGGCAAGAAAACGUUGUGUUCAAAAGGCAUAAUAUACGUAUUUGGUAUUCAAUUCUACUUAUUACAACUCAUUCUCGUAGAGUGUUAUCUCAGACGUUGAGAAAUAUAAAUAGAAAGUACAAGGGAGGAGUCGAAAAGAACGAUAUGUACGUGCGCCUACUACUCAUUACCAUAUGUAUAAAUGUACUUGUAUUUAUUAUAAAAGUUCAGCACUUUGGCCAUGCUAAA